UCCAUUCACGCAUGCGCCUUUGCUUUCCUCACGCAGAGCGCGCACACACUGGCGGAAUAUUCCAGUUUGUCAUGGUGAGGGUCUAGUUCCUGCCUCUGACAUGUCUGAGGAAAACCUGCCCCACUGGCGGACAAGCACCAGGUCAGCACAUCGUCAGAAUCAAGAUUCAUCCGACACAGCUGUAUCUGAUGACACCUCUUCUGAUCCUUCUCUGUCUUCUGCUUUACAUAGUAAUAACCCAUCAAACUCUCCAACGCUAGAACCAAAGGUGGAGCUUAAAGAUGAACCUGCUGACUCGGAUGCUGCCUGCAAUGCUUCGGAUGCCCAAAUGUCUCCAUCCACUUCACAAGGGACAUCUGUCCAAGUCAGAGACUCUUUGGGACUUAAUCCUCUAGGUCCAAGUCCAUUCACAGGCAGGAAGAGGAAAGCCAACUUCUCUAAUGAGGAGACAGAUACAUUGGUAAGGGAUGUGGUUAAGCACUUCAGCGCCCUUUAUGGUUCAGAAGCUCUCCGAACAGAAUCCACCCGUAGGAACCAAAGGCGAAGCCAGCUAUGGACCCAGAUCCAGAAGCAUGUUAAUGAACUGGGAUACACGCCCCGCACCAUUGAUGACUUGAAGCACAAGUGGAGGGACCUGCGAUUAGAUGUGAAGAGGAAGAUCACUCAAAAAAAGGCUGCCAAGCCUCCUACUCCUGGAGUGACUCCAAUUAUAGACACCAAGCUCACUCCCCUGGAGGAUCUAGUGGCCUCUACCAUAGGGCACCAUUGCACCUUAGAUGGAGAGCAGGAAGCAAUGUAUAUGGAGCCGAGCGUUCCAAGGCAGUCCAUCUUCUUCACAUGUAGAAGCCCCCCUCCUGUGUCUGAAGUGCGAAACGAAAGGCCUCAAACCACUGCUACCCCCAGGCCAAAUGCUGACAUCUCCGUUAUGCCCCCGCUUGUCAGCACGUCUCCUGCACAAGUAGCUUUUGUUCAGUUGUCUGAUGGUGAUAGUGAAGAACAGGAAAUGGAUACAACGCCAGCAAUCAGUAUUAAACCAUUUCAAGGACCGUGGGCCACCAUUGAAAAGAUGUGCACAAUUGUUCCAACUGCACCAGACACCUUAGCCAUAGGUUCACAGAUUCUUAUUCCUACACAACCAAGUUUGGUGUCUGCGCAACCAGAAAUAAUGACAGUAAAGCAGGAGAUUAUCUCAUCCAAGACUGUCACAGAGGUGCACCGUUGUAAUUCUCAGAAUUCUAUCAUCUCCUCACCUGAGGAUUCACUUGGUAAUUUAACUGGACAGGAUGAAUGGAGCAUCAAUGGUGGCAGCAAAAAUUCAGCUCCAUGUCUGGAACCUGGUAAAGAACCCCUAAAGUUGAAAGUGGAGGAGGAUGAGGUUGAGAGGGCAGAUACUGAUGCCAGAUCUGUCUCUCAAGGACUAGCUCAGUGCAGCUGGCAGGAGGAGAAUCAGGAUGAAUGGGAAAGGCAAACUGGAUCCCCACAUCAGAGUGAGAACGCACAGGAGGACUCAAUCCCAUCCUCAGCCUCACAGGAUGGGGAACCCUCAUCUGCAGAAGACCUCCCCACAAAUGGUGACUACUCCUGUAUGCCAGAUGAGCACAGGGCCCAGUGGAGGACUAAUAUGCAACGGUUGCUAGAGUUGGAGGAACAAUGGGACCGUAUGUACCAUCAUGAGCUAGGUAUAUGGGAGGAAGACCGGGCUCAACAGCAGCAGCAACGAGCGCAGGACAGGGAGCUUCAGCAACAGCUGAUAAGUGUCCUGACAGACAUCAGAGAUGAGCUGCGCCAGCUUAGGCAAGAAAGAGCUGCUGCUCGUCUUAGUCAGCCAGCCCCUACCACUAAUGGUUCCAAUGAAAUCCCUAGUGCCUCUUCUUCUUCCCGCAUUACCUCUUCUUCCCGCAUUACCUCUUCUUCCCUCAUUACCUCUUCUUCCCUCAAUACCUCUUCUUCCCUCAGUACCUCUUCUUCCCUCAAUACCUCUUCUUCCCUCAAUACCUCUUCUUCCCUCAAUACCUCUCAUUCCCUCAAUACGAGCUUACCCACCACACCUUUAAUCUUGAAGAUCACACCACAGCCCAGUACUCAGCCCAGUACACGGCCCAGUACACAGUUGAGGCGCAGAGGGCGUCCACCUCGUACCAUUAGACCAAACACAGAGGCUCCCAAGCAGAGCUGAACUUUAUACAAUUUAACCUCUUCAAUGCCAGAAGUACCCCUUGAACUUUGACAUUGAGUAGGUUAAUCCAUUCUCUUACUAGAAUGAUCUACGUCAUUGUUUAGGUUUUGUUUGCAGCAGUGAGGUUAAUUAAAGAGGAUCUACAUUUUAUAUACAAAAAUUGAAAUUACUGUCUGGUAUCCUGCUAGUUCCUGUUUUGUUUUUGUUUUUUUAAUUCUAUAAACUUUUACUGCCCUAAGCUUUGUAUAUAAAGAAAUGACUGAAAGCUCAGAUAUCUUGAUUUUUUUUUUUAAAUAAAAAAAAACAGUAUCUGUCUUUACCAUUUUGAUAUUCCAAAUACUCUCUUGAAAGCUUGAUCAUAAAGUUCUGAUUUUCUUCACUGGUCUACAACCUCGACCUUUAAAGUCUUGGUAUUAGAAGUCUCACAAUUAAACCAAUAUAUAGAGAUUAGUGAUGUAAUAAAAUGCAGCAAUUCCAUAGGUUAUUUGAAGGGGGCUUGCAGUGUAAGAACUUCAAUGACCCGGUUACUCAUGUAACCUCAAGAAUUCUAGCAUCUGAUAUUAAAUUCUCUAUUUGCCUAACUUAAGAAUUAUCCUGUUUUUAAGCUUCACUUUUAUUUUUCUAUAACAUGUUUUAUAAGAUCAAAUAAGUCCAGAUCCCCAACCCAAAAGUAUGACUCAAGUGCAGGGACUUGGUAAAGAUUUGACAUUUUACUAGCUCAGAGAAUUUCUAACUUUAACCUUAUUUAAAGAGAUUAGAAACAGUGCUUCUUUAGUAAAAAAAAAAAGUUGAGUUCUACUGUCACAUGAUUUUUGCCGCAUAAGUCAUCUACUAAGAAUGGGCAAGAAACUGUCUGGAGCUAUUUUAGGUGUCUCCUAGCAACCACUUCAAAAGUUAAGCUAAUCCUUCCUAUGGGGCUGUGACAGGAAGUAAUAGACCCUACACACAAAGUUACAUGAAAAUGUAAAUUAACUAUUGAAAUGAUUUUAUUACGAUUAAAUAACUUUUUUUGUAAUAUAUAUAUAUAUAUAUAUAUAUCCCUUUAAAUUUAUUCUGCUGUUUAGAGAGACACCCGUAGGUCAGUAAGUUUAAGAGGGUAAUCAGGGAGUGUGUGUGAUGUAUUUAUCCUACCUGUUAAAUGACCUUCACAUUGUCACUCAGUCCAUGACUUGACCUUUUAUUCUUUUCAUGCAAUAAAGAAUUGUUUUCUUAUGAA